AUGUUUUGGUGGACCCUUUGGACCCAUCAAGUCUGUCUUAGACGAUACUCAACUCUGAGGAUGAAGAUACUGAUACCACUGGAUAAGACAUCGUCCAGCGAUGUGGAAACCCUCAGGAGAUCGCAUCUAGAAAGGAAGUUCAUUGUUUUCGAUGAGGACUUGAGAAUAUUCUUUCACCCAGAACCCAACACGGUAAUUGAGACAGUACGGGUGUACAUCAAUGAAGCAUGCGUUUACAACUGCGAUAAAACCGAAGAGUGUUUAGAAACAAGCGACAAUGGUCUACUGGAGCUGAAAAGGUCUAUUGCGAGUGAGUAUAUCUUCCAUUCAACCAUCGUGAUGAAUAAUGGCCAUAAAAACCUAUGGCGCAUAAAGGUAGAAACAGCACAGGACGUGGAUUCUAAACCAAACGAAAACGGCGAAGAGUGUUCAAGGAGUGACGAGAUGCUACUACCCAGCUUCGAGCCGCUGGGCUCCGCAAUCCCCGUGGAAAAAGUCUUUGACCCCUCUCUGCAGCAAACACUCACAACCACAGAGGUAGUGUAUCCCAUACACACGCUGUUGAAUGUUAGGCUACGAAAUGUGGCUGUUCCUAUCAAGCAGUGCAUUUACUCGUGCUUGGACCUACAAACUUCCAGAGCAUGUUAUAAUCUCCUCCAUCAAUAUGAGCUCUCUAACUUCCACAUAUCGAUAGAAAGCGUCGAUUACCGCUUGAUCCGAAAUUACUCCAAUGUGGCCGUCAAGCCUCUAUGCCCCUUGAGUUCAAGUCUGAAGCUUGGACUGUCUGAAGGCUACAGUGUGAACUUUCAGUUACCGCAAACGAAAAACCUAGAAUCUCAUAGGGUGAAGGUCUCCGUGCGAUACAUUGUACAUGCACAUCCGUUUGAGUUUGCUAUUGAAACAAAAUGGGAAACAGACGUAACACUGCGAAAACAACAAGGCAUGGCUGGAUAUCCAUCCCAACCUACAUCGGUGAUGUCGACGCCCAUGCUCACACCGUCCAUGAAGUUUAAUUCCUCUUUCCAUUCCCUCGUUUCUCCAAGCAAACUCAGCAACGUGAAAUUCAAUUUUCUCACUCCUCAGAGAACCUUUUCUCGAGGGACAAAGUUCUCGCUAUCCUUGCAAAUUGUCAACAACUCCCAAGCACCGAUAGAUUGCGUGGUCUACAGCUCCAAGAAUGCCGUAGCUCCCCAGGGCCAAUAUCCGGUCGAGAAGGAAUAUUUGUUGCACAAACAGUGGGUGAAAAACACGGAUGCCAUUGUUUUACUGUCCAAUGACCUCAAAUUACCAACAGUUCCUCCUACCGAAACUUUAUCUGCGGAUGUUGAAUUUUUCGCCUUGCUCCCAGGAUAUUACCACGGCAUUUCAGGGCUCAAAAUACUAGAUUUAACCUCUCAAGAGACUGCUAGCGUUGGAAAUGGAAUUAAAUUACUUAUAGAAUGA